UUUAUAUUUUUAGUAGAGAUGGGGUUUCACUAUUUUGGUUAGGCUGGUCUCUAAUGUCUGACCUCAGGUUAGCCACCCGCUUUGGCCUCCCAAAGUGCUGGGAUUACAGUCAUGAGCUACUCUGCUCAGCCCUGACCAUUAAGUCUUUCGUAAGCAUUAUCCUAUAUGUAUACUCACAUGUGUGGAAAAUGAUGUAUGGCGAAGGCUAUUUGUUGCAUUAUUGUUUAUAACAGCAAAAUUCUUGAAGUAACUUAAAUGUUUUUCACUCGGGGAAUGACUUAAAAAAAAAAACGGGACAGGUGUAGGGUGCCCGUGCUCUGUGGUUAGUACGUGUGUUCGGUCACGGGUGCGUCGCUCUGUGGUCCAGGCGUGCGGGUGUUGGCUGCGAUCUCUGCAGUGGGAUGAGCUGGGCUCCCGGUGGAAGCAAGGGAACCCGGCUGCAGCAGCCAUGGCCAGUAUAAUGGUAGCAGUUGGACUGACCAUUGCAGCUGCAGGAUUUGCAGGCCGUUAUGUUUUGCAAGCCAUGAAGCAUAUGGAGCCUCAAGUAAAGCAACUUUUUCAAAGUCUACCAAAAUCUGCCUUUAGUGGUGGCUGUUACAGAGGUGGGUUUGAACCCAGAAUGACAAAAUGGGAAGCAGCAUUAAUACUAGGUGUAAGCCCUACUGCCAAUAAAGGGAAAAUAAGAAAUGCUCAUCGACGAAUUAUGCUUUUAAAUCAUCCUGACAAAGGAGGAGCUCCUUAUGUAGCAACCAAAAUCAUUGAAGCUAAAGAUCUACUAGAAGGUCAAGCUAAAAAAUGAAGUAAAUGUAUCCUGAAUUUUAAGUUCAUAUUAGUUUAUGUAUAUGAGUAUUAACUUUUUAUAAUAAAAUGCCUCAGAGCUACAGUUUAAAAAAAUGAUUUAGCACAAGCUAAAUCUCAAAAAAAAAAAAAAAAAUAGGGCAUUCUAUGAUUGAAUGCCCUG